AUGCCGCCGUCGUCGCGUAAAAUUUCGCCUACUGAGUGGGAGCGCCACAAAGCUACCAUUCUGGACCUCCGGUUCAAAGACAAACUGCCUCUAAAAGCCCCCGACGCAGCAGGCCGGAGCUUGAUACAGGUCAUGAAAGACGAACACAGUUUUCACGCAACAGCUUCCCAAUAUGAAUGUCAAAUUGCGAAAUGGGGAGCUGUCAAGAACCUGAAGAAGCGUGAUUGGGAGAGGAUCUUGCCGGUCUAUGACGAUCUACAGAGCCAGGGCCUGGAGCCUCGCAUUAGAGUCGGAGACCAUAUAUUCGAUAACCGAAAGAUUAAAAAAGCUCGCUAUCAUUACGGCGGGAGACAAGCGUUGGCCCCGUCCUCAGACGAGACGCGUCCUUGGUGUCUCGAGUUCCGCCAGCCCGAUGGCCAGUACGUUGAGUACUCCAACAGAAAUGAGAGCCCCGAAAUGCCUCAGAGUUCAACCUCUUCCGCUCUUAUCCAAACGGACAUCCACUCUCCUGCUCGCAGCCAGCCGUCACAGAUCCACUCUCUUACGAUUGGGCAUGUCUUUUGCGCAGCUGACACAAUGCCAUCAGAGCCCAUAGAGUGUCCUCUACCAUUUGAUGAGAUACUGGACAUGUCUGAUUCAACAAACAUUUAUCUGGACGCGGAUACUUAUAUAUUCGAUGCGAUUAACCCCCAACCCACCGACCUGCCUGCGACAGUGAUGUCGCCGCAGUAUGACUCAUCGAACGUGGAUGAUCUUUUCAACUCCAUACUUUACCCACCUUCUUCCCCGGGAGAAUGGUCAUCUGACUGCAAUCUGGAAGCUAUAUUGAGCCCCAGGGGAAGUGAGAUCGGCCGUAUUCGCCAGAUUAGCUCACCCAGCCCUCAACUAGCAGCUUUCGCCUAUAUCGAUUCUGUUUUGGCAAAGAUUGCUCAAAGUCCUCGGUGGAGACAAGCUGAUGUCACAGCACUCUCUGUGAAUGACAUAUUUGAGCGACUCGUAUCUCUACCGGGAGCAGGUCUCUCCGGAUCCAGCUCCACGGUGGAUUCGACGCUUGUCUCUAGUAGAGGGCGUGAUAUCUCAAUAUCAGAUGUAAAUGCACGUAUCAUGUACUCUCUGGUUAACAACUUCGCCGGUAUUGUUCCAAUGCAACGCCUUGCUAUUUUUGGCGUUCUAAGACUUACUCCUGAUGGGAUGUCCAAUAUGAUUAAUGGGCUUCGUUCAUAUCAGCAUUCUAUUGCAAAGCCUGUUGCUAGUAAUCUUUUCCAGCUUGCCAUCGAAGCAGGAGAUGAAGAGGUGGUUAGCAUCAUACUAAAGGAAACUUCAGGGAGAGCGAAUGAGAUCAAUGUCGAUAAGCCAAUUUACGACCUCAGCGGCUGGGAGCCUAGGGAAAUUUUACCUAUGGCAUUGGCCGCUGAGUUGCAUCAUUUCGGGGUUAUCAAAGCCUUGCUUGCCCGUGGCGCUAAGAUAAGCGUUGAGGAGGAGGAGCCAAACCGCUCCACGUUCAAAGCUGCAAUUCAAGGAUCUUGUGAUCGAUGUUGGGGUGGCAAGGACAGUACAACUCAUAGACAAGAAAUGGCAUCGAUUGUUGAAUUAUGCCUCUCCCGUGAGCCUCAACAAGCGACAAAUUACCUCAUACAAGCACUUUCGGCGAAGAGCUACCUCUGUGAAAUGCUGUUUGAAGCUGUGCCAGAGGAGCACUAUCCCAUGCUUUUUACUGCGGAUGCUUGGAGAGAAUGGAACGAACUGGAUGCCAAAUUGAUACACUUCCCACUGGAUGAACCUCGUAUUCCGAUAUUGCGAUUGAUACAGGAGGUGCGAGAUAACGACGCAGCUGACAAGAUGAUCAAAACUCUUUUGGCGACCUGCCAGAGGUUGAAUUUUAUCCCAGCGCCCUCUACUGAGUACACUCGGCUUUUGAAUGAAGCUGUUGCUAUGGCAAUCUCGAAUAACAACAUUACGCUGGUAAAAUAUUUGUUGGACCACAUCAAGCCUACCUCGGGACACCUUGCGUCCGCUGUUCAUCAGCGAGACAUCAAAAUGGUCGACUUAAUCCUGGAACGGGGUACUGCUCCGGGCGGGGAAGUCGCGUGCUUGACACAUAUGUAUGAUGCCAUAUUCUUGGUGAAUGGUAACUGUGCCCAUUAUGCUUCCGGUUGCAUAUCUACGACACCAUUAGCUGAAGCGAUCCGUUGGAAAAACGCUGCCCUUCUCGAUCGACUUCAGGAAGGAGGAGCCUUCAACACAUUAUCUGAUGAUCAUGGGCUGGACUACUCGGAGUUCCUUGCUGCAGCGGAUGCAGCUAGUGAGGUUGGUGACUAUGGCUAUCUGAAAUCACUCAUCACUUUGGCUCCUACUAGAAAGAAUAUGCAGAAUUUAGCUGGCCCUAUCGUGAGGGCGAUCGACCAAAGCCAACUGCUAAUUGCUUCCGAGUUGAUUGCUCACCAUGCCAAAGCAAUUAGCACGAUGGAUUUUGAAUCUGGAUCAAGGCUGGUUGUCGGUGCUGCUGUAAGGACGGGGAAGAUGGAUUUCAUUGAUCAAGUAAUGGAACUAUACCUCGUCACCGACUUGGAAGCUGCACUCGCUCUCGCGACGAGUUUAGGACAUAUACAUGUGGUUGAAAACCUUCUACAACGCGGAGCCGGCGGUCUUUCCUAUUAUCUGCGGUCAGGUUCACUCGCUGAAGCCAUGGUGAAUUGCAAAUUUAGCAAUGUGAAAUUACUCUUGGAGUGGGGAGCUUCACCCGACUGCCUUUCGAAUGCCGUCAAGGCCGGAGACGAAAACACAGUGCUUUUAUUACUACACCAUGGUGCCGACCCGGCAGACGAAGAGGCUAUCAUCACAGCCCUUAAGGAUUGCAAAAAGGAUCUUUUCUCCACUCUUAUCGGCGCAUUUUCCUCAAGAUACCCGAAUGGAAAGAAGGGGUUUGGCAGCAGGAUUCUAAUCCAGGCGAUAGCAUCCCGUGAUUUGGCUUCUUUGGGUGUUUUAUUCAAGGCUAAGUUGGGAGUGAAACAGCAUUCGGGACAAGGUCAAUGUAAUGAACUUUUUUUUUUCGCCAUCGAUAUAUGUAAGUCUGGAAAUGGCGAUGCUGUGAUUUAUGAUAUUAUCUAUCAGCUGCUUGAGGCAGGUGCAGAUCCAGACGCAGCCAGCACGGGAUAUUAUGAGAAGGAUACAGCCGUCACUGCUCUUUUACGUUCUAUACAAAAAAACGAUCUGCGUUUGGUAAGGAUGUUGUUGGAUAGAGGAGUUGACAUCCAACGCCCAGCAAGACAUGCUUUGAAACGCACCCCUCUUCAACAAGCCUGUGAACAGGGCUAUAUUCAGAUGAUCAAGUUCCUGUUGGAUAAUGGAGCAGACGUCAAUGCUGCUCCUGCACUGAAUGGAGGUGCGACCGCGUUACAGCUUGCAGCCAUCCAAGGAAAUUCAGACAUCGUCCUACUUCUCUUAAGUAAGGGGGCCAAAAUUCAUGAACCCCGAGCAUUGAUCAACGGACGGACCGCUCUCGAAGGGGCAGCUGAGCAUGGCAGAGUCAGUGUAUUAAAUAUCCUACUUGCUCAAGGCGCAUCGGGAUACACGUUGAAAGACAUUGACAAGGCAUUGAAUUAUGCGGAUAAGCAAGGACAUGGAGGUUGUACGCACACGCUCAAGUUAGCUCGCUUUAAACUCGCCUCACUCGGGGUCCAAUGA